CUAGAAUACUACCGGCUUAUAGAAGAGGUGCACCCGUUCUUCUCUUUCCCCCACGACAGAAGGGAACUUAGGCAGAAGCCGGGAUGGAGGCCGCAGCUGGGGCGCUCGUGUCGUGGUGUAUGGGGCAACUGCGUGGCGGCUUCGGGGUGGAUGUCGGCGAGGAGCUUGUCCAGUAUAUCUUGUCUAUUGAGGAUGAGGAGGAGAUUCAAGAGUAUGUUACUGACCUCAUCCAGGGAACAGAUGGCAAGAAGAAGCACUUUGUAGAUGAGUUGGUAGCCAGAUGGCGGAAGUCCUGCCAGCCUUUUGAUCCUUUGCCCCUAUAUCAGAAAAAAGAUGACAUUUUAGAGGCUCCUCGACCAGGAGACCAACUCAAGAGGGGAAGACGCAAAGGGAGAAACAAACAGGAAGCACCUGUUCAUGUUGAAGCUGAACAGCCUGCAGAGGAAGUAAAAACGCCCCUAGAUUUAGCCAAGGCCCAGGAGAUAAACAGUGGCAGCUCCUCCUUGAAGAAGAAGGCAAAAUACGUCAACUUGUACACAAAGGAAGGUCAGGACAAACUGGCAGUCAUGCUUCCGGGGCGCCAUCCCUGCGACUGCCUGGCUCAGAAGCACAAGCUCAUCAACAACUGUCUGACAUGUGGGCGCAUCGUCUGUGAGCAAGAGGGCUCUGGGCCUUGUUUAUUCUGUGGGACACUGGUGUGCACCAAAGAGGAGCAGGAUGUUCUCCAGCGAGAUUCCAACAAGAGCCAGAAGCUGUUGAAGAAGCUCCUGGCAGGUACUGAGAAUUCUGGGAAAGUGGAUCUAAGUGUCAAGGACCUACUCCCUCAUCAGGAGGCUCGGCUGAAGGCAGGUCUGGAGGUGGCUGUGAAACACAAGGACAAACUGUUGGAGUAUGACAAAACAAGUGUGCGCCGAACUCAAGUGAUUGACGACGAGUUGGACUACUUUGCUACCGACUCCAAUCAGUGGCUCUCGAAGCAAGAGAGGGAGGCCCUGGAGAAGAGAGAGAAGGAGUUACGGGAGCUGCGGCACGCCUCUCAGCUCUCCAGGAAGAUCACCAUCGACUUUGCUGGGCGGCAGAUUAUGGAGGAGCAGAGUGGCAUGGCAGAAUAUCACAGCAAAUUGGAUGAAACAAUUGAAGCUAUCAGUAGCGGCCCCUUGACCAAGCCAAAGCAGAGCCCACAAGGGAAAUAUGAAGAACCUGGAGUCCUGGUGAAUCCAAAUCUCCUCCAGCCAGCUCCUGUGUGGGUAGACCAGAGUGGGUUGCUACCACAUAAGAAAAUUGUCCCGUCUGCGGAGACUGGGAGCGAGGCACAUUUGGAAAGAAGUCGUUUACGAAUUCAGGACCGGGAGAUACAGGAGAUCUCAGAUGAUGGCUGGUGCCUUAGCAUGCAUCAACCUUGGGCAUCAUUGCUGGUCAAAGGGAUCAAAAGGGUAGAAGGCAGGACUUGGUACACAUCGCACAGGGGUCGAUUGUGGAUAGCAGCUACAGCCAAAAGGCCAUCCCCUCAGGAAAUCUGUGAGCAGGAGGCCACCUACAAAAUACUGCUUGGGAAAGAUUUGGAAUUCCCCAAAGAUUAUCCCUCUGGCUGCCUCCUUGGCUGUGUGGACUUGAUUGACUGCUUGUCGCAAGAGCAAUUUAAGGAACAGUAUCCGCAGCUGAGCCAGGAGUCGGUUUCUCCGUUUGUCUUCAUCUGUUCUAAUGCCCAGGAGAUGGUUUUGAAGUUUCCCAUAAAAGGCAAACACAAAAUCUGGAAGCUGGAUUCAAAGAUUCAUCAGGGAGCCAAGAAGGGAUUAAUGAGGCAGAAAGCAGCGGCGUGAGCUGCAGAGCCAGGCACCCACCCCCCACUCCCAGGCAGCAGAAGAAUGGAUUUGCACCCGGCCAUUGAGACUGCUGGAGCAGAGGCCCCCAGAGAUCUUAAGAGGGCAUUCUGAAGGCGCCGGCCCCGACAAAGGCAGAUCAACAAGCAAAGGGGAGAUUGCUAGUAGCUUGCAUAAAUAUAAACAAUCAGAAAGCGUUGUCUGUGGCCAAAGGGGCAGCGUAGGAAGCCCUGGAGGGGGGGUGGAACGAUGUGUUAGUCAUUUCUCUUCCCCCUUUGGCUGGCUUCAAGCCACCCCAGAGGUGCUUUUGGAAGAGGCCUGUGCCAGAGGGUUCACAUCAUCACCCUGUGUAGUAAAGCUAAGCAUUGUUUGGCCUUCUUUUCUGCUUGGAGUUGUUUCUCGCUGGGUAUGGGUCAGUUUGCAGCAGGAGCGUUGGUCUGUCAGAGCAUCCGGCUAACUGGCUUAGAGAAAGAUGUGCUACGUAAGUGCCUGAAGCAUUGGCUUGGCAUCAACGCCUGCUGCAGUUGCCUCGCACGCUGGGCCAAAGGACUCAACCUGCAUCUCCCCCUUUUAUUAGUUCCAAGCCCAAGGCAAGAGGUCGGGGAUGGCCAGCUCCUUGCUGUCUUGAGUUCUUGGACCAAUGUGCCAUCUUAAAUAACCAUUCUCGUUUUGCUAGAUGAACACACACACACCACCGCUGCUAGACAAGGAGAUGGGGCUGAGCAACUGGUCCCUUUUCAUCCGGGUGCAUGAUUUUAUUCCUAUGUGCUGCUGCCUGAAUCAAACUGAUUCCUUUCCCCUCUCCCUACUCCACUUUCUUUAAUUGUUCAAAUCUAAGGAAGUGCAGUUCUUUCAAACUCAUUUCCUCUGUAUUAUGAAUUGUUCUAUAAAUUUUUCCUGACCCCCA